AUGGCUUCUCCCAACCACACAAGUAGCAGUCACACUGUGUUCAUCUUGGUGGGCAUCCCUGGACUAGAGGCCCAGCACUUAUGGAUCUCCAUCCCCUUCUGCUUCUCCUACCUAGUUGCUAUCCUUGGCAACAGCCUACUUAUCUUUGUCAUCAUCAAUGAACGCAGCCUCCAUGAACCCAUGUACCUUUUCCUCUCCAUGCUUGCUGGGACUGACCUCAUCCUGUCUAAUACAGCUUUGCCCAAAGCUCUGGCCAUCUUCUGGUUCCAAACUGGAGAGAUCUCCCUGGAUGGAUGUGUCACCCAGAUUUUCUUCAUCCAUUCCACAUUCAUUGCGGAGUCAGGAAUCCUAUUGGCAAUGGCAUUUGACCGCUAUGUGGCUAUCUGUGACCCACUGAGAUAUGCUACUGUCCUCAGCCGCAGGACAAUUGUGUAUGUUGGUCUGGCUGUCAUCAUGAGAAGCUUUUGCGUGAUUCUUCCUGAUGUGUUCCUGGUCAAGAGGCUACCCUUCUGCCACAGCCGAGUACUUCCCCACACCUACUGUGAGCAUAUGGCUGUGGCCAAGUUUGCUUGCGCUGACAUCCGUGUGAAUGUCUGGUACGGCUUAUCUGUUCUCCUUUCCACUGUGGUGCUGGAUGCCCUGCUCAUACUCAUUUCUUACAUUCUCAUACUUCGAGCUGUCUUCCACCUCCCAUCUCAGAGGGCCCGUAGCAAAGCUUUGGGCACAUGUGGCUCCCACCUUGGGGUCAUCUCCAUGUUUUACCUUCCAGGAAUUUUCACCAUCAUCACCCAGAGGUUUGGGCACCAUGUGCCCCUUCACACCCACAUUCUCCUGGCCAACAUCUGUAUGCUGGCUCCUCCUAUGCUGAAUCCUAUCAUCUAUGGGGUGAAGACAAAGCAGAUCCGGGAUCGUGUGGUUAAUUUCCUAUUCUCUUGGGGAAAAUAG